UCCCGAUGCGGGAGAUUUUUAAAACAUUCUACGCUCGCAAUUCGCAAACGACCGACGUCUUGGUGAUAAUACCAAAUCGGGGAUGAUAACUUGACUUCUGCUAAAUGAAGUCGUGGAAGCAAUCGAAUAGUGAUAGAGAGGAACUUUUAAUUAAUUUAUACGAACAAUUUUCUUUCGUGUUUGUGUAGUGAUUGUGCUUUUCUCAUUAUAAUUUUCGCUUUGUUUUUGUGAGAUUUUUGUGGUUAACAUGCAUCAUCGACAGCAACAGCAACAGCAGAGUCAGCAAAUGACUCAGCAAAGUCAGAUUCAGCAAAGUCAAACUCAACAGCAAAGAAUGAGCCGUACGGAGACUCGACAGUUCACCACCCAUCAAACAGUUCAAGAAGGACACAUGCAGGUAUCCGGGCAACACAUGAUAGAUCAAGCUGGUUUGCAACAAAUUGGAUUUGGUCCAAAUGCAGCGCCACCGAUGUUUGAAAAGGUUUUCCAAAACGCAAGAUUCGCCCAAGGUGGUAAUGCCACCUUUGACGGUCGCGUUACUGGAAAACCCCAACCGACAGUCGUGUGGACCCGCAAAGGAGCCCAAAUGAGAGAUUCAUCCAAAUAUCGCAUCUCCUACAACGAUCAAACUGGCGACAUCACUUUGGCCAUUUAUCAAAUCGGGCCCGGAGAUGAAGGAGAAUACACGUGUUCCGCAAGAAACCAAUACGGAGAGGCGGUUUGCUCCGUCUAUAUUCAACCCGAAGGUUUCCCGAUGGCUCAGCAAGGUACCCAGAAAACACAAACCUUCAAAACUUCCGAACAUAAGACCACCAGCACUGCGCACGGUACCACAUACCAAAAGCACCAAGAAUCUUCUUUCUACACCAACGGCACGGAGCAGGAAUUUAAAAUAGAUACAUUUGAAUAUCGUCUUCUGCGCGAGGUGUCAUUUCGAGAAUCCAUCACUAGAAGACACGCAAGUGAAACCGACGUGCACGUAUCGACCACGGUGGAAAGAUCGUUAGGUCCACCAGCUCCGCCACAAAUAACUCAAAAGCCUCGCAACUCAAAGUUGUUGGAGGGAUCCGAUGCAGUGUUCAGUGCAAAAGUUGCCGCAAAUCCCAGACCGCGCUUGACUUGGUUCCGAAACGGCCAAAGAAUCACGCAGUCCAAUAAAUACGAAUCCAGUUACUCCAACAAUCAAGCAACACUUCGGGUGAAACAAGCCCAAUCGGAAGACUCCGGGCAUUACACGCUAUUAGCCGAGAAUCCCCAAGGGUGCAUUGUAUCCUCGGCGUAUUUGGCUAUCGAACCAGUAACCACCCAAGAAGGUUUAGUGCACGAUGCGACAUUCCCAGUGCACCAAAUUGAGGAGCCGUCGGAGACGGCCAAGACUCUUGCACCUAACUUUGUACGAGUGUGCGGUGAUCGGGAUAUUACAGAAGGUAAAAUGACACGUUUCGACUGCAGAGUUACAGGGCGUCCCUAUCCUGAGGUUACUUGGUUAAUCAACGGGCGCAAGGUAACUGAUGAUCACAAUCACAAAAUACUCGUAAACGAGUCUGGUAACCACGCACUUAUGAUUACGAGUGUUGGGCGUAACGAUUCCGGAAUAGUAACUUGCGUUGCCACAAACAAGUCUGGAGAGACCUCUUUCCAGUGCAAUCUGAAUGUUAUUGAAAAGGAGCAGGUCGUUGCUCCGAAAUUUGUAGAACGAUUUACCACGACUAGCGUAAAAGAAGGGGAACCGGUAGUUCUGCACGCUAGAGCUGUAGGAACUCCUGCCCCACGAAUCACUUGGCAGAAGGAUGGUGUGCCAUUAACUCCAAGUCACGAAAUACGAAUCACGACGGACAACAGUGGAUCCUCGACAUUGGACAUUUCGCGAGCCAAGGCGUCGGAUGCUGCAUGGUAUCAGUGCACCGCUCAGAAUGUCGCCGGGUCCACUGCAACACGAGCACGUCUGUUCGUCGAAGUACCCCAAGGACCUAUGUCGGAACCUUGGCGUCUACAUCUUCCCCGACCGACUAAAGUUAUUGAACCUGAACCCGAACCUGGUCCUGAGGUGAUCUACCUCAAACACAUCGAGCCCGCUCAACCUUACUAUCCCAGGGCGGAAGAGGACCGGGUAUAUCCACCUCCGCAAUUUAUCAUUCCCUUGCGCGACGUAAUGCAACUGGAAGGUGGAAAGGUUCACUUCGAAGCAAGAAUCGAACCUGUAGGUGAUCCUACGAUGCGCGUGGAGUGGUUUGUCAACGGAAAAUCAUUGGAAGCAAGCUCCCGCGCGACAACAAUUUUCCGCUUUGGAUUUAUAGCGCUUGACUUGCUCAGUAUUACUAUGCGUGAUAGUGGCGAAUACGUCUGCCGUGUAACCAGCGCUACAGGUUCCACGGAAUCACGUGCCACACUGGGCGUGACCGCGCGCGCUUCAAUCGAACGUACGAGUCAGCACCCCGACAGCCUACAGUACAUUCAACAACUCGAAGACUACUCAAAGUACCAAAGGACCGAUAGCCUCGAAGAGACUUCAUCGCAGAAACCGCACUUCAUCCGUCCACUCCAAGAUCAGGGCGCUCUCCAGGAAGGACGAAACGCGCACUUCGAAGCGCAAUUAACACCAGUGAGCGACCCGACGAUGAAAGUGGAGUGGUACAAGGAUGGAAGACCGAUCACGGCCAGUUCCAGAAUUUCGACCAUAUUCAACUUCGGUUACGUUUCCCUAAAUAUAAUGCACCUACGUGCCGAAGAUGCCGGAACUUACACGGUGAGGGCAGUGAAUCGUAUGGGAGAGGCUAUCAGUAAUGCAAACUUGCAAGUGAUCGUGCGCUCAACGGUCACAAGCGACUUGGGAAUACCAGAACAACAAAGGUACAUUGAGAAGGUGGGCGAGCUGGAAGCGUACCAGCAGCAACAGCACCACAAGUACGUUCAGGAAACUCCCGAGAGUUCCCAACCGCCCGAGUUUAAAACGCCGAUCAAAGACCAGCACGGAAUACGCGAGGGCGGUUUCGCACACUUUGAAGCGCGGCUGGAACCCACCGGUGACAGCACGUUGAAAGUUGAAUGGUUAAAGGAUGGACGACCGGUAGAGGCGAGCUCGAGAAUGACGACAUUUUUCAACUUUGGUUACGUCGCCUUGACGAUCAAGGCCGUCACCAUUCACGAUGUCGGCAACUACACCUGCCGCGCCUACAACGCUUUAGGCGAAGCGGCUACCACCGCGCAACUUAGCGUUGUCAGCAAGAAGGAUAUAAUCGUCGAUUCCCAACAUCCCGGCGGAUUGCAAAAGAUACAGCACUUGGAGGACUCGACACGGUACACUCGCAAAAUGGACGAGGAGGUUACGGUCACGCAAAAGCCUAGGUUUUUGGGGCCGCUGAAAGGGACGAACAAAAUCGUCGAGGGACAACGCGCUCAUUUCGAAGCGCGAGUUGAACCGCAAAACGACUCGACCAUGAAGUUGGAUUGGUACUUCAAUGGAAAGUUAAUCGAGAGUGCCAAUCGCAUACAAACCUACCAUGACUUUGGCUAUGUCGCCUUGGAUAUUCUCAGCGUGAGAGGCGAGGACAGCGGCACCUAUACUGUUGUCGCUAGAAACGCGCUGGGUGAAGCUCAACUCUCCGCCAGCAUGGUGGUGGAAACACGCGCCAGCAUUGACACAAGAAGCAUGCACAGGACCGCGUACGAAAAAACGCAACGCAUGGAGAGGCCUCCACAUGUAGAACCCGAAUAUCAAAUUGAAGAAUUGUGUAAAUCAAAACCGAUCUUUGUCGUGCCACUAUCUGAUCCACAGCCACUCUCCGAGGGCCGAAAUAUUCACUUGGAGUGCCGAUUGGAACCAAUGGGCGAUCCCACAAUGCGAGUCGAUUGGUUCUGCAACGGAAAACCGAUAACAGUCGGUUCUCGAUUCCGAACGUACUACGACUUCGGCUUCGUCGCCUUGGAUAUAAUCCACGCGACCGCCUUAGACUCAGGAGAAUACACAGUGCGUGCCACUAACCAACUGGGAUCGGCCCACACAUCGGCUUGUGUACGAGUCAUAAGCCGAUCGGACAUCGUCACGGACAGUCAACACGAACAGUCACUGGAGCAAAUACAAAUGCUUGAGGAUUCCGCUCGGCACCACAGACAUACCGCUGAGGAUGUCACAGUCAUGCAGGCGCCUCAAUUCACGCGACCCUUGCACAAUAUUGAAACAAUCGAAGGUACCAACGUGCACAUGGAAUGUCGCCUGCAACCAGUCGGCGAUUCCACAAUGAAAGUGGCUUGGUUUGUCAACGGCCGCCCAAUUAAGACUGGACAUCGCUUCAGACCGGCUUACGACUUUGAUUAUGUAGCCUUAGACCUUUUGAGUGUGUACCCCGAGGACUCCGGGGUGUAUACAUGUCAAGCCAGGAACCAACUGGGAGAAGCCAUUACUUCGUGCUCCGUAAAAGUGUUGGCCAAAAAAGAUCUUCUUUUGGAAACUCAACACCCGGGUGGCUUGGAGAAGAUUCAGUACUUGGAGGAUGCGUCCAGAUACAAACGUUCCGAGCACGUCGACGAGGUCAUCAGUGUAAAACCAAGAUUUGUGACGAAGCCCAAGAGUAUGGAAAACAUGCGCGAAGGUCAACACGCCCAUUUCGAAUGCAAGCUGGAACCGGUUACCGAUUCCAAUCUAAAGGUGGAAUGGUACAAGAACGGGCGCCCAAUCACCAUUGGACACCGAUUUAGACCAAUACACGAUUUCGGCUACGUCGCCCUGGAUGUGAUUGACCUAAUCGCCGAAGAUUCCGGCACGUACACCUGCCGCGCCGUCAACCUUGUAGGUGUCGACGAAGUUCAAUGCUCGUUAAGCUGCAGCAGCUCGCGACAGAUCAUUACUGAGACCGUUCACGAACAAGGUUUGGAGAAGAUUCACCACUUGGAAGACCGUGCGCGUUACCACCGCGCCGAGGUUGUGGAUGAAGUGACCACUCAAGCUCCAAUCUUCACGACGUCACUCAAAAAUAUCGAGAUAAGAGAAGGGCAACGGGCUCACAUGGAGUGCCGCCUGAUUCCCGUUUCGGAUUCGACGAUGAAAGUUGAAUGGUUCCACAAUAACAAACCUCUGAAAUCGGGUUCCAGGUUUACCGAGACUAAUAACUUCGGUUUUGUGGCGCUCGACAUCUUGUAUACUUACCCUGAAGAUUCGGGCACAUACACUUGUAGAGCCACCAACGCGAUUGGGGAGGCGGUCACAUCAAGCGUAUGCGUGGUCCAUUCGAAGAAAUCCAUUUAUUUGGAGACCGUCAACGAAAACGCCAUGGAGCAGAUUCAGCAACUGGAAGACCACUCCCGGUACCAUAAACAGACUGCGCAAGAGGAGUACGUGUCUCAGGCUCCCGUAUUUACUAUGCCGAUCAAGGAUUUACGCGUUGCAGAGAACCAAGCCGCUCACUUUGAGGCACGCCUUAUUCCCGUGGGCGACUCCAGGCUGAAAGUGGAGUGGCUACGUAACGGCGUGCCUAUUCAAGCUUCAAACCGCAUGACCACGAUGCACGAUUUCGGUUACGUGGCCUUAAAUAUGAAGUACGUCAACCCGGAGGACUCUGGAACCUACACCUGUCGUGCUGUUAACGAACUAGGCGAGGCUGUAACAUCCGCAACCCUUGCCGUGCAAUCAAAAUCGUCACUGCAGCUUGAGACCCAGCACGAGGCGGCUCUACAGAAACUGCGCCAGCUUGAAGACUCGACGAAAUACCAAAGGCGCGAAGAGGAAGAGGUGCUCGUCACCCAAGCGCCAAGUUUCACAACCCAACUGAAUGGACCGACACAGUUGGUCGAAGGGCAAAGUGCUCAUUACGAGUGCCGCAUCGAGCCCUACCCAGACUCUUCGCUCAAAGUGGAGUGGUUCCACAACGGCAAACCUCUUACCACCGGUCACCGGUUCCGUACAGCUUACGACUUUGGGUUCGCCAGUCUAGACGUCCUUACCGUUUACGGAGAAGAUGCCGGCGAAUACACUUGCCGGGCCACCAAUCGAAUUGGUCAAGCCCAAUCGUCCAUAGUUACACAAGUCAAAACGAAAGCAAGUAUCGUGCGGGACACCCAGCACGAAGGUGCCCUACAAAAGAUUCAGUACCUGGAGGAUGACUCCCGUUACAAGAAGACUGCAGUUGAAGAUAGCUUGGUCAUGGAAAAACCACAGUUUGGCAGGAGUCUCAAGAACAUAGAACAUUUAGCGGAAGGACUCAGUGCCCAUUUAGAAGCAACGCUUACCCCAGUAAACGACCCGACCAUGAAGGUGGAAUGGUUCUGCAAUGGACGACCUAUCCAAACGGGUCACCGAUUCAAAACCACCUACGACUUCGGUUUUGUUGCUUUGGAUAUCUUGUACGCGUAUGCUGAGGAUUCUGGUACUUACAUGUGCAAAGCCAGAAAUGCUGUAGGUGAAGCUGUGACAACAGCUUCUGUGAAUGUUGUUGGAAAGUCCGGCUUACAUCUUGAAACCUUGGACGAGCAGCGCUUGAAGAAGAUUCGCGAACUUGAAAACUAUGAGCGCCCUCAACGGCAGGAGAUCGAAGCAGCUCCACAACGCCCCGUUUUCCUCACGCCUCUUACUAGUCUUGAAAACCUCAAAGAGGGAGAGCAUGCCCAUCUCGAAUGUCGCGUCGAACCCAUCAAUGACGCCAACUUGAAAAUCGAAUGGUUCGUGAACGGAGUUAAGCUAAAAACCGGCCACAGGUUUAGAACAACUCAUGAUUUCGGAUACGUCGCGCUUGAUAUCUUGUACACAUACCCCGAAGAUAGUGGUACCUACAUGUGUAAAGCCACAAACUUGGUGGGAGAGGCCGUUAACACCUGCACAAUUAAAGUCUUGGGCCACCGAAGUAUCAUUUUAGACACUCAUCAUCCCGAAGGUCUGCAGAAAAUCCACGAACUCGAAGCGCAAGGUCGUCCAACGCGUCUCGAAAUUGAGGAACCGGAGCCAACACCGCCAAGGCUAGUAACAGAACUGAGAGGCACCACCCACGUUUUCGAGGGCCAAACCGCCCACUUUGAAGCCCAAGUGGAGCCAAUUCACGACCCUAACUUAAGAAUUGAAUUUUAUCACAAUGACAAGCCGCUGCCCUCAGCGUCCAGAUUCCACAUCACCUUCGAUUUCGGUUACAUUGCACUCGAUAUAACGCAUUGCGUUCCCGAAGACGCCGGGCAAUACUCCGUGAAAGCCAUCAACAACCUGGGCGAAUGCAAAUCGAGCAUUUCUCUAAAAGUGACAGCCCAAGGCAAUAUAAUUAUGGACUCGCAAAGGCCGGAGGGAUUGGAAAAGAUUCGCCAGUUAGAAGAGCACGUCCCCUACAAACGGCCAGAGAUUGAAGAGCCGCAAACUCGCCAAAGGCCGGUCUUCACACAACCGUUGCAGAAUAUCGACAAUAUCUUGGAAAGCCAAACGGCUCACUUUGAAUGCAGGUUGAUCCCAGUAGGUGACCCCACUUUGAAAGUGGAAUGGUUCCGCAAUGAGAAGCCGAUAGAAGACAGUUCUCGCAUCACCAAAGUGCACGAUUUCGGUUUCGUCUCUCUUGACAUCACUCACGUGCGCGACGAAGACCAGGGUGUUUACAUGUGCAGGGCCUCUAAUGCACUGGGCGAGGCCGUGACCACGGCGUCUAUGAAAAUCAAAACCAAAGCAAGCAUACAGUUGGAAACCCAACACGCAGAGAGUAUGAAGCGAAUCCAACAGUUGGAACAGCCACUCGCUCCCAGAGCAGAAGAACCCGACCGCGUAUUUGAAAAACCAGUCUUCACGCAGCUCCUGACUGGUCCAACAGAGCUUUGGGAAGGCCAGCACGCCCACUUUGAAGCUCGCGUUGUGCCAGUAGGCGAUUCGAGUUUGAAAUUCGAAUGGUACGUUAACGGGGUGGAGCUGAAGCUCGGUUCCCGUUUCCGAGUUACUCACGAUUUCGGUUUUGUAACUCUCGAUAUAAUGUCAACGGUACCAGAAGAUUCGGGCGUCUACACUUGCAAGGCAAUUAACAAAGCAGGCGAGGCUGUGUCGUCGAUUUCGAUGAAGGUCAAAUCGAGAUCGCACAUCAUGCGCGAGGCCCUACAGCCUGACGCUUGGGAGAAAAUUCAGCUGAAGGAAGCUGAGAUGAAUAAGGUGCCUGAGAAGUUUGUCGAUUCGGCGCCCCAACAAGCCCCUGUAUUCACCACGCAUUUGCUCAGUUAUGACCAGCUCGUUGAAGGUCAGCACGUGUAUUUGGAGGCUCAGGUGGAACCCAGAGCCGAUCCCAAUUUGCGCGUGGAGUGGUACAAGAAUGGUAUCUCGCUUACAACCGGUACUCGCCUAAAGAGCACCUUCGAUUUUGGACACGUGACCAUGUCGAUCAAUGGGUUGCGUGGCGAUGACUCCGCCAUAUACACGUGCAAGGCCACCAAUCUAAUGGGAGAGGCUGUGUCCACUUGCACUCUCAAGGUGCAAGAUAAACACUGGCUUCUAGGACAUUCUUUGCAUCCUGAUGCAAUCCCCAAGUUGGAAGCCUUGGAAAGACCUCAAGAUGAACGCCCUACUCAUCCGGAACCGACUUACGAAGAACCAGUUUUCAUAUCCCAUCUUAACAAUGUGGAGUGCGUUGAAGGUGACAGUGCCCACUUCGAAUGCCAAGUGGAACCAUCCAAGGACCCUACAAUGAAAAUUGAAUGGUUCGUUAACGGCAAGCCAUUACCUAGCGGUUCCCGAUAUAAAUCCACAUACGACUUUGGGUUCGUUUCCCUUGACAUCACCCACACUUACGAGGAAGAUUCAGGAAUUUACACAUGCAAAGCGACUAAUAGUAAAGGCUCUGCCAGUACCUCAGGCUCACUACGUUGCACGGGCAAACAAAGCAUUUAUCGCGACACGCAACAUCCUCAAGGCAAGGUAGGCUUCGAGAAAGUUCAGGAGGUAGAAGACGAACUAGCUAACCGCUACCAGCGCCAAGCUUCAGGUCCUGAUAGCCAAUACCCCAAACCAAUCUGGACCAUACCUCUUAAUCCCGAAUUUAAGUUAAUUGAAGGGCAAGCGCUUCAUCUCGAGGCCACAGUCAUACCAAAAGACGACCCGAAUUUGAAAAUCGAGUGGUUCGUCAACGGCAAGUCGCUCGAUCAUGGUUCUCGAUUUAAAUUAUCAAACGAUUUCGGAUUCGUCACGCUGGAUCUCACCGACAUCUACGAAAGAGAUCAAGGCAUUUACACGUGUAAAGCCUCAAACAAGGCCGGUGAAGCAUUUACAUCUACGACCAUCUACUGCAGCACCAAGUCCAAUCUGAUUGAACGCACACAACAUCCCAAAGGAAAGGAGGGUCUUGAAAAGAUACAGGACCUCGAAGAUUCGUUGAAACGAGGCGAGGCCCCACGAAUUGAGUCGGAGGAGGGACACGCCCCUGUGUUCACCUCCGAGUUUACGAACCUCGUCAAUCUUAGUGAAGGGGAAAUUGCUCAUUUCGAAGCGGGACUUACACCAAUCGGCGAUCAGACCAUGGUCGUUGAGUGGUUCUACAAUGGAAAGACGAUCGCUGCCAGUCACAGGCUGAGAACAGUACACGCGUUCGGUAUGGUGGUCUUGGAGGUGCUCGGUACCAAGAUUGAAGAUUCGGGUACCUUCACGUGUCGCGCGGUUAACAAGUGGGGAACCGCGGAACAAAGUGUUACCUUGCAAUGCGUCGACAGGUACAGCGGGCAGAAACCCAAAUUCACCACGCACAUCAAAGAUAUUGUCGGACUUAAAGAUGGGCAAUCGGCGCACUUUGAGUGCACCGUCGUUCCAACAAAUGAUCCCAACUUGAAGAUCGAAUGGUUCCACAAUGGUCAAGCCAUUCUUCAGUCGUCGCGAAUCAAGACCGUUUCCGACUUUGGCUUUGUCGUCAUGGACAUUUCCUACAUUCAAAAUCACGAUUCCGGUGAAUACGUCUGCAGGGCUAGCAAUAAGUUUGGUGAAGACUUUACUCGCGCAUCUAUCUCGGCGCAUGGACGAAGUGGUGUGUUUACGGAGAGCUUGCAGCCCGACUCCCUUGCUAAAAUACGAGAACUCGAGAGUUUACAAGGACAACAACAGCAGGCACCUUCCACGCCGGUAACGGAACCGCCUAAGUUUAUCACGCAAAUUGCGGACAUUAAGCGCCUGGUCGAAGGCCAAAGCGCACACUUCGAAGCUCGCCUCACGCCAGUCACCGAUCCCGACUUGGUGGUUGAGUGGUACUACAAUGGCAAGAAAUUGCCUCACGGUCACAGAUAUCGUACCUUCCACGAUUUUGGCAUAGUAAUCUUAGAUAUUCUGUAUUGCUACGAAGAAAACUCUGGAACAUACGAAUGCAGAGCUUACAAUAAGCACGGAGAAGAUUCUACUAAGGCAACAAUGACGUGCGUCUCGAAGGUUAAUUUAAUCCUGGACUCGCAACUACCGCGGGGCAUGGAAGGAGGUUUGGAGAAAAUCCAAUCUCUAGAAGAUUCACACAUUCGCAAAGAAGAAGCAGUGGUCGAGGAGAAAGGCAAAGCUCCAGUGUUCACUGUUCCGUUAUCUAACAUUGACAGCCUUCGAGAAGGAGAAAACGCUCACUUUGAGGCGAGACUAACACCAACUGACGAUCCCAAACUUAAGGUUGAGUGGUUCUGGAACGGAAAACCUCUGAGGACCGGUUCCAGAUUCCGCACCUUCCACGAUUUCGGUUUUGUGAUAUUAGAAAUUUCGCCCGUCUACCCCGAAGAUUCCGGUGAGUAUUCGUGUCGGGCGACCAACGAUUAUGGUGAGGCGGUCACUUCGUCCACGAUGAAGGUGCAAGGAAAGAGAAGCAUUAUAUUGGAAUCUCAGCUGCCUAAGGGAAUGGAAGGUACGAUUGAUCGUAUUGCUGAACUUGAAGGGUUAGGGGUUGCGCCAACUCCUUCGUCACCCGAAGAGGACUCCGGAAAACCACCGGAAUUCAUUACCACCCCAUCUGACUUGACGCUAUCUGAAAACAACCUCGCCCACUUUGAGUGCCGGUUGAUUCCGGUGAACGAUCCCAGCAUGAGAGUGGAGUGGUUCCAUAAUGGCAAGGCGCUUUGGGCUGGGUCGAGAAUAAAGACAAUUAACGAUUUCGGGUUCGUUAUUCUUGAAAUCGCCGGAAUUUACCAACGUGAUUCGGGUUUAUACACUUGCAAGGCGACGAAUCGGCACGGUGAGGCGACAGUUUCGUGCAAGCUGCAAGUACGUGGUCGCCAAGGUAUUGUGCUCGAACCACAGUUACCCACCAACUUCCGUACAGGCACGGAAAGUAUUCAAAAACUUGAAGAAAUAUUGCACAAAAAAGAUGAAAUAGUUUCCGAAGAUGAAACACCCCAUCCUCCCAGAUUUAUCGUGGAGGUUAAAGACAACUUAAACGUACCUGAGGGUGGCCCGAUCCACUUCGACUGCCGCGUGGAACCGGCUAACGAUCCCACAAUGAGAAUCGAUUGGUUCCACAAUGGAAGACCUUUCGCCACAGGUUCGCGUGUUCACCAAAUCAAUGAUUUCGGAUUCAUCGCUCUUGAUAUGGACUAUUCCUAUUCGCGUGAUGCUGGAGAGUACAUUUGCAGGGCGACCAACAAAUGGGGCUCUUGCACAACUAAGGCUACUGUGACCUGCACAACCAAACAAAGCAUCGAUACCGAAUCCCAGUUGCCUUCAGGCAUGAGUGCUGAGAAGUUGAAAGAGCUGGAAAAGGGCGGACCAACGUCUGCGCCCAUCAAGGAAGACGUUCCAAUGGGACCUCCCAAGUUUAUCACUCAAAUCGAAUCUUCAACGGUCGACGAGGCGGAAUCCGUACAUUUCGAAUGCCGCGUGGAACCCAAAGAGGACCCCAAGUUACGAAUUGAAUGGUACCGAAACGGUAAACCUCUGCCGAUGGGUCAUCGUUACAGGAACAUCUACGAUAUGGGUUUCGUUUCCUUGGACAUCUUGUACGUCUACGCUGAAGAUUCCGGGGAGUACGUCUGUCGAGCGGUUAACGACUACGGCGAGGACUUCACCCGUGCCAAUAUCUCAUGCAAGCAGCUACCUAACAUCAUUUUGCAAAACCAGGUACCAAAAGGCAUGAAGAGAUCAGAAACCCUCAUGCAAAUGGAGGCCGCCAUUAAAAAGUACACUUCCGAAAUUCACUUGACCGAACAAGACCUCUUUGACGCCGACAAAAAGCAACCUCCAAGAUUUGUGACUCAAAUUAAAGAUCAAACCGAGCUCGUCGAAAUGGAGAUGACCAAGUUCGAGUGCCAACUCGCGCCUGUAGGCGAUCCCAAUAUGAAGGUGGAGUGGUUCCUGAAUGGAAAACCUCUCCCACACAAAAACCGUUUUACGCCGAUUUACGACUUUGGCUACGUCGCCAUGAACUUCGGUUGGGUUUACCCGGAGGAUAGCGGCGAGUACCUCUGCCGAGCUACCAAUCUGUACGGUAUGGACGAGACUCGGGCCAUUAUUCGAACAGCUGGUAAACCGGGUAUUAUUUACGAGUCGCAACUGCCGAAGGGAAUGAAGAGUAUUGAAAGAAUUCGAGAGCUGGAAGCCGCGUGGCAAGUGGUACCCGAGGAUGUGCAGGAGGAAAGCAAGCCCAAAACCGCUCCUGUGUUCGUGAGCAAGCCGGAGGAGUGCAGCGUGGAGGAAGGUGGAUGGGCCAGAUUUUGCUGUCGCGUGACCGGCCAUCCUCGCCCACGAGUCAUGUGGUUGAUCAACGGAAAUACCGUGGUGAAUGGAUCGCGGUACAAGCUCACUUACGACGGAAUGUACCAUAUGGAUAUACCAAAAACUCGCCAGUACGAUACUGGAAAAGUUGAAGUUAUCGCCCGAAGCUCCGUGGGCGAAGCAAUCGCCACGACGGAAUUGAAGGUCGUUCCAAGGCACGAUGACUGGAGGAACGUGUUGAAGAAUGCACCAAGACCUUGGUACGAUAUUGACUCUGGCGAACCUCAAAGAGAUCGCUCAGAUACUGAGCUGGAGCGCAUAUUCGACGAAAGAAACGCGGCUUUCCAGGAAUCAGGUCGGCAGCACACCGUUCACAUACAGCCGAAGGUGUUCAAGGAGCCAGAAACCGAGUGGCAGCAAAGCGUGCGACAGAAGAAAGGCGAAGAUUACUACAGCAAAUUGCAAGGUGUGGAGAACGAUCAGGUUACCAAGGAGGUGAAGCUCCGCGAAUCCACGCAUCAGUUCGCCAUUCCCGGCGAAAAAGUCAUGCAAGGUUCCAUGGCCAAAGGCAUGGCGCAGAGAUACCAAGAGAAUUUGGAGUACCAGCCGGAGGAACAUGAUCAGGCACCCAUUCCAACCUUACCGAAGGGAACAGUACCGCAUGCGCAACAAGUCCAACUGCGCAAAACGGAAAAAGGCAAAGAGUUUUUGCACCGUACCGAUGUUAUGGAGAUAGACUCCAAAAAGGGCGCCUACCCUCCGGAGCCGACCGAGUCUACGGUGCACGGAAGGGAGACACACGUAACUAAACAAAAGCAAACCCAAAAGGAAACCAAGGGCGACAAGGAGAUUACCCGACAUAUUACCGCAACGGAAACCACCGAUGUUGAACACAAAGCGAAGGCGCACGACCGCGUGGUUCAAGGGCAAGUCUUGCCGUCCACGCCUCCUGUUUUCACCAAGAAGAUACAACCAUGUCGUGCUUUCGAAAACGACCAAGCGCGCUUCGAAGUCGAAUUCGACGGCGACCCGCUCCCAACAGUCAAAUGGUUCCGUGAAGAUUUCCCGAUCAAGAGCUCACCCGAUUUCAAGAUCUACACGUUCAGCACCAAGUCAAUCCUGGUGAUCCGACAAGCGUUUAUGGAAGACUCCGCCGUGUUUAGCGUUAUCGCCGAAAACCGAGGCGGUACGGCCAAAUGUAGCGCAAACCUUGUCGUGGAGGAACGCCGAGCGCAAGCUAGGGGAGGCAAAAUCCCGCCCAGUUUCGUCACGACGGUACAAAGUGCCAAGGCUAACUCGGGCCAGCUAGUCAGGUUCGACGCGCGGAUCAACGGCACUAAGCCCCUAGACGUCUACUGGCUAAAGAACGGGAAACGAAUCGCCGCAGACAUCCGUAAUAAAAUCCUGGAGGAAGACGGAAUCCACACCCUUUUAAUCAUCGAGGUUGUGCCCGAAGAUUCCGGAAAGUACGAGUGCGUUGCGAUUAACAGCGCAGGCGAGGCGAGGUGCGAGGCCGAGUGUACAGUUCAAGCACCCUCGACCCCAGCCAAACCCUCCAAACCCACCACUCCCGGCGCCGAAAAGUCGCCUUCGGUCAUCGAGCCCUUGAAAGACCAAACCAUUCGCGAAGGCCAGUCGGUCGAUUUCAAGUGCAAAAUUAGCGCCAAACCCGCACCCCAAAUCAAAUGGCAGAAGGGGGAGAAGAUAAUUAAGCCGUCCAAGUACUUCCAAAUGUUCAAAGAUGGCGAACAGUACACGUUGAAGAUCUCCGAAGCGUUCCCUGAAGAUGAGGGUGUAUAUAAAUGUGUCGCGACCAAUCCGGCUGGAACUGUCACCUUGCAAGCCAACCUUCGCGUGCUCGCCCCUGAUAGCCAAGACGUUCUACCCUCACUGACGCCACUCAAAGAUGCCAUCGUACCUGAAGGAUCGCCCGCGCAGUUUAAGACGACCGUUUCUGGAAAACCAAAACCGACCAUUCAGUGGUUACGAGAAGGCUUCCUUAUACCCGAAUCUCCAGACUUUCAG